AUGCCAGCACCGUCCCCUUCGAUGCCAUCGUCGUCCCCGGGGGCGCCGCAAGAGGCCCACGCGAAGUCCGCCGACAGCGACCGCACGGCGGCUGUAGCGUCGUCCAGCGGCUUGGGGCCCACCGCGGCGCUCAGCGCCACCACAGGCCCCGGCGCCGCCGGCAAGAAGUCCCGGUUGUCCAAGCGGACAAAGGCCAGAAAGCGGGCCAAGAAGCGCGACUCCAAGACGCGCCGCCACCCGCAGAGGCUAGCCUCGCUGGACGCCUUGAUCGCCGACGACGAAGCGGGCGCCUCACUACCGGAAAGAACGGACGCGCUCCAAGUGCAAGGAACAACUGAAGCACAGGCCCAGCCCAGCCAAGAGGUACAAGAGCCUCCGGCUGAUACGGCAAUGGCAGUUGUCACCAACAAGGUGGUGAUCAGCGGCGGCAGCGGCAACAGCGAGCCUGACAGCGGACACCACAGCGGCAGCCAGGUCAAGCGGCCACUGGCGCCCAUGAAUCAGCAGAAAAAACCAAGGAGCGCCCCUUCAUCUCCGCUCUUGGUUCGCGUGCUCAACCAGGUUCGCAUAGCCACGUGCAUCGAUUUGACGGAUUCACGACGCUCUUCCUCCCGCUCGACGCGCGCAGUCGGCUCGACGACGCUCCGCGAGUUCUCGCGGUUGUCGACGCUCACCGAUGCGAACGUCGUGUCGCCGCUGGUGGCGUGCAGUCUGGCGGCCCUGGUGAGCCUGCUCUGCCUGCUGCUGCUGGCGGUGCUGUGGGCGGGGCCGCAGCCGCUCCUCGAGCGCUGCGCCAGCCUGGACUGCCGCCAGGCGCGCGCGUUCCUCGACAUGCUGAUGGACGCCAGCGUGGACCCCUGCAAGGACUUCUUCUGGCACGCUUGCCGCCGCUGGGUCACCGGCCACUUCGGCGGUGGCACGAACUUCAGCGGCCAGGCGCUGCGCGACACGCUCCUCUCGCUCAAGCGGGCCCUGCUCGACCGCGACGCCGUGGCAGUCGCGGCGAGACCGGUCCGGUUCUACAGGGCGUGCAGCAUGUUCCCGACCCUGCCGUAUGCCAUGACACCAUCUAGUCUCGUGGAGCGUUUCCGGAACGACACUUCCGUGCUGACCAUGACGGACACCGCAGCAGUUCUGCGCAGAGUGCUCCAGCUGUCCCUGAUGAGGCGCGUGUCGACUUUGUUCAGCGUCGCGCUGGUCGACUACCACGGCAACGCAAGCCUCUAUCUGUCGCGGGCUAAAAGCCUGGCGCGCAAGCUCAACGACGUCAAGCAUGGCCCGUCAUUCGUGGAAUUCUUGAUGGAAAUUGUGGCAGUCACCCUUCCGCUCGCACCCCAGAUUCCCAGCAACGACACGAAGACCACCGUCGACGCGCUUCUGGCGUUCGAUGACAUGGUAGACUCCAACGAAAGCGCCGCUGAUGGUACGACGGCUCUGAGCGCACCCAAUAUUGACUCUUUGGGUGAACUCAUGGGCGGAAACGACUGGAUUGAGUCUGUCAACUUGCUUUCGUCCCCAAGCUUCCAGCUCACCAAGGCGUCGACGGUGAUGUGCGAUGGGUUUGAGUCUAUAAAGUCCACGGUAGAGUACUUCCGACGGAACUUCGCAUUGGGACUCCUCUACAUCUUUAUUCACAUUCUGAUGGAGGCAGGCCAGUUUUACUACCUCAAGCGUUUCACCUUCGACAGACAGGACGAGCUGGAAAGGACGUGCCUCGGCGCCAGCCAGGAUGCUUUGCCUCCGCUCUGGUCGAACCUGUUCAACAACUUGUCGCACAGCAACAAGACAGAGCCGUCGCGCGUUGAUGCCAUAUUCAGCCGUGUCCGCGAACUGUCUGCCCAGCGGCCGCCCAUAGAUGGCAUGACCAUUGGCGACCGAGAGCGGGCGAUCGCCGCACUGCGCCACGUCCAACUCUUGGAGCACAACACGUCGUUAAGCGUUCUUCCAAAUGUGUUAGACGGCCUGAACAUCAGCGAAGCACAGGGCGACUUCCCCAGUCUUUACAUCGACGUGAAGACUGCGGAGACAAUGCGGCGGCUGGCCGAUCCGCCUUCGUUUGUCGACGUGCUCACCAGCUCCUUCCUGCUUACGGCUCGCGUCGUCUACUCCAAGGUCCUCAACACGGUUGUGCUUCCGGCCGCCCUGCGGCGUCCACCGUUUAUCUACUCGACGCGCGUGCCCAUCGAGUUCGACGUUGCCUCGGUGGGCGUUCUGCUGGCGCAGGCUGUCUUCCGUGCCGGCCUGCCUUCCGCCUCGGCAGGCGAUGCCGCCGCGCGCUGGUUCGACGGCAACGUCGACGAGUUUAUCAGCUGCGCGGAAGAAUCCGCUCAGUCCGUGCUCCGAACCACGCUGCGCUCGCUGCAUCCCGAAGACGCUCUCGAGCUGUUCUCGCUGACGCGCGCCAUCAAGAUAGCGCACACCGUGAUGCGCAAGGACUACGAACCGCUGCGCUUCCGUCGUGGCUACCACGAAGCCUGGACGGUGGCUCAGCGCACGUUCUUCCGGCGCUUCUGCCUUCUCGUCUGCAGCUCGGACGUGGGCAGCGAAGGCAUCGUGGAGUCGAGGCUGCGCUGCAUGCUGCCGCUGCUCAACAUGGUCGAGUUCACGGGCGCGUUCGAGUGCAACGAGUUUCCGAACCUUAGGAAACUCCGGUCCUGCCUGUCCGUCUAGCAGACCCCAGAUUUAGUGAUAUAUCUGUCGUUCACCCUCGCUUUAGCUCAUGGAUUUCUCAAAGUUCGGUGUCGGUACAUUCCGCGUUUGUGCGACAGAGUUGCGGGCAUGCACCGGUGCGAUUGAUUCGACCAUUGAGCACGAUGUUCUUGAUAUUUCUCUUCUGUGACCCUGCGUCCGCGCAUGCUGAAUUUAGAUGCGCAGUUUUCAUGGGCGAGUUGUUCACAUUGACCGAUCGAGUGAGAUGCGUGGGACAAGCGUCCUGCAUUGCAGACUUGCCGGCCUAUCGUUGCUUCUUGCUUGUCCCAUAACGCUAAUAUACUACUAUGCCGCUUAUGCAUAUGUUCAUGGACCAUAUCCCGCUGGAGUGCUCAUGUGGUACUAGCACUAUGGGCUGUAUCUGCUACUAGCCUUGAUAUUGUAUUGGUUGGCAGUUCGUCGAAUUCGGUGUGCUUAGUUUGGUUGUUGCUAAACUAGCACUAUGGGCUGUAUCUGCUACUAGCCUUGAUAUUGUAUUGGUUGGCAGUUCGUCGAAUUCGGUGUGCUUAGUUUGGUUGUUGCUAAAUAUAUUGGUUUUGUGACGUCGGUAAUGGUUUUGGAUAUGGAUACAGGUGCGUGAACUAUUUUGCUACGUUUUGUAAGGCUGGGACCUUGCUGUGACUACUUGCCUAUAAUAUUAAACAGGCCUCGCACCGGCAACUACUGCGCAAAUAAAGCCUGACG